GCUUCCCCCUCCUCUCCCCCCUUCCCCUCCGCCUUCGUCGUCCGAUUCCCGGCCCAUUCUCGAUCCCUUCCUCCCGGCGAAGAUGAGGGAGUGCAUCUCGAUCCACAUCGGUCAGGCCGGCAUCCAGGUCGGGAACGCCUGCUGGGAGCUCUACUGCCUCGAGCACGGCAUCCAGCCUGAUGGCCAGAUGCCGAGUGACAAGACUGUUGGCGGAGGUGAUGAUGCCUUCAACACCUUUUUCAGCGAAACUGGUGCUGGGAAGCACGUUCCCCGUGCCGUCUUUGUAGAUCUUGAGCCCACCGUCAUCGACGAGGUCAGGACCGGAACCUACCGCCAGCUCUUCCACCCUGAGCAGCUCAUCAGUGGCAAGGAAGAUGCUGCCAACAACUUUGCUCGCGGCCACUACACAAUUGGGAAGGAAAUUGUCGAUCUCUGCUUGGACCGCAUCCGAAAGCUUGCUGACAACUGCACCGGUCUUCAAGGGUUCCUUGUGUUCAACGCUGUUGGUGGAGGCACUGGUUCUGGGCUUGGUUCCCUUUUGCUGGAGCGCCUGUCUGUUGAUUACGGCAAGAAAUCCAAGUUGGGUUUCACCGUCUACCCAUCUCCACAGGUGUCCACAUCUGUUGUGGAGCCCUACAACAGUGUCCUGUCGACCCACUCCCUUCUGGAGCACACCGAUGUUGCUGUGCUUCUGGACAACGAGGCCAUUUACGAUAUCUGCAGGCGCUCCCUUGACAUCGAGCGUCCCACAUACACCAACCUGAACCGUCUUGUUUCUCAGGUGAUUUCCUCCUUGACUGCCUCCCUGAGGUUUGAUGGUGCUCUGAACGUGGAUGUGACUGAGUUCCAGACCAACUUGGUCCCAUACCCCAGAAUCCACUUCAUGCUUUCAUCGUAUGCACCCGUCAUCUCAGCAGAGAAGGCCUACCAUGAGCAACUUUCAGUGGCUGAGAUUACCAACAGCGCAUUCGAGCCAUCCUCCAUGAUGGCCAAGUGUGAUCCUCGCCACGGGAAAUACAUGGCAUGCUGCCUCAUGUACCGUGGUGACGUGGUGCCCAAGGAUGUGAACGCGGCUGUUGCAACCAUCAAGACCAAGCGCACCAUCCAGUUCGUGGACUGGUGCCCUACUGGAUUCAAGUGCGGUAUCAACUACCAGCCACCCACCGUUGUCCCUGGAGGCGACCUUGCCAAGGUCCAGAGGGCCGUGUGCAUGAUCUCCAACUCGACCAGCGUUGCCGAGGUCUUCUCGCGCAUUGACCACAAGUUCGAUCUGAUGUAUGCCAAGCGUGCUUUUGUGCACUGGUACGUCGGUGAGGGCAUGGAGGAAGGAGAGUUCUCUGAGGCUCGGGAGGAUCUCGCCGCCCUUGAGAAGGAUUACGAGGAGGUCGGCGCGGAGUUGGCCGAGGGUGAGGAUGAUGAGGGUGACGAGUAUUAGGGUUGUGUCUGCGCCAUGAUCUCUAUUGGCUGUUGAUGAUGUUGGGUUCCUGUGUGUUUUCCAGAACUGUGGCUUUAAAGACUCUUGCGUGUUCUGUUAUUACUAUGAAGUGAAACUGGUGAUUCGAGUA